AUGGCUCAUACCAAUGCUCUAAUCUUCCUGACUUCCUUCAUUGCCUUCGCUGCAAGCAUUGCAGGGGCAGGAAUUUCACUUCCUCCCACGCCACCCCUUGCCUCCCCUCCCACUCUAGCCACUCCUCCAAGCACUACUCGCACUCCCCCUCCAGGCACUACACCCCCUCCAGGCACUACUCCGCCUCCAGGCACUCCGCCUCCAGGCACUCCCCCUCCAGGCACUACACCCCCUCCAGGCACUCCCCCUCCAGGCACUACACCACCUCCAGGCACUCCCCCUCCAGGCACUACACCACCUCCAGGCACUCCCCCUCCAGGCACUACACCCCCUCCAGGCACUACACCUCCUCCAGGCACUCCUCCAGGCACUACACCCCCUCCAGGCACUCGACCCCCUCCAGGCACUCCUCCACCCCCUCCAGCAACUCCAGCCACUCCAGCCAGUCCAGGAUGUUUCCCAGGAGAUGCAACUGUUCAGAUGUAUAAUGGAGAAAUUAAGUUCGUGAGGGAGCUUAAUGUUGGAGACAAGGUUGCAGUGGGCAAGAAUAUCUAUUCAGAUGUAUAUGGAUUCGGCCACAAGGAUGCUGAUGCCAUCUCCAAGUUUUUCCAAGUGCACAGCGCUUCAAACAUGUUGGAACUCACUGCAGGCCACUUUGUUCCCGUUGCUGUCAAUGGGAAGCUCAUGUACAAGAGAGCCGAGGACCUCAAGGUUGGAGAUUCCCUGUGGGAAUCAUCUAAAAUCACUGAAAUCUCAAAGGUUGAGAAGCUAGGCCUCUACAACCCACUCACUCUCUCUGGCAGUAUCAUGGUGAACAAUGUUCUAGCAUCCACUCACAGCGAGUGGUUCUUGGACUCCAUCUUUGAUGCUGUCGGUGCAACCGAGUACCUGCCAUACGCAUACCAGGCCGUGCUUGCUCCAGUUCGCGCCAUCUACAACACCAUUGGCAAAGACCUCUAUGCAAAGGGCUAUGCUGCCAUCGAUUCCUUCACCAGCAUUGCUGAGUUUGGAACGAAGUAUGGAGGAAGCGUUGCUCUCACUUUUGGAAUUGCUGGUCUUGUGCUAGCCUCCAAGGUGUAAACACUUUCAGCACGAAUAAAAAUUCUAUAUAGACAGUGCAAUUAUUGGGGCAUUCCGAGAAUAGAACUCGGGACCUCUUGCACUGGUUACUAACAUAACUAAAACACUAAGUCUUGCUUGUUUAUUUAAAUAUUAUUUAAUAUAAUAUAUUUCUCUAUUA